CCCUCCCGCCGUACGCGAUAGAGCCGUUUGAACGCGCCCAACAGCGGUCCGACACAUCGUCCCUCGACGAUGUCUACGCCGACAGCGUAGUUUUUCGAGCCGGCAUUUCUCCGCGACAGUUCUCGUGGUGGCGAACCGACGCUUCCUCUGCGACCGUAGCCCUUCGGCGCGAACUCCGGCCAAACCCUGUGCAUAGUGCGCGCGACCUCGCGUCGGUAGCGGCGACGGCUUCGACAAUGCCGCUGCUUAAAAGUAACUGAAAAAAAGAGAAAGCAAUCGUCGCGCGAUGCCAGAGAUGGUGGGCGCAUCCACCGAUCCGGCGGUUCGGGAGCCGGAUGGAAAAGACGACCAUGGCAUGCGUGUCGGCCAUGAUUUUCAAGCAGUGGUACCAGACAUCAUCUCAGCAACAGAUCCGUGCCCGGAGUUCACACCCGAGCGUGCUCUCCUGGUGUGGUCACCAUGCCCAGACAUCUCGGACAGCAAGUUGGACGAGUACAUGACGCUUGCCAAGGAGAAGUACAGCUACAAUGCCGAGCAGGCACUGGGCAUGCUGUUCUGGCACAAGUAUGACCUCGAGAAGGCUGUGGCCGACUUGGCCAAUUUCACGCCCUUCCCAGACGAGUGGACUGUCGAGGACAAGGUGCUGUUUGAGCAGGCCUUCCAGUUCCACGGAAAGAACUUCCACAAGAUACGGCAGAUGCUGCCGGACAAGACCAUCCCGAGCCUGGUAAAGUACUACUACUCGUGGAAGAAGACACGCACGCGCACCAGCCUGAUGGACCGGCAGGCGCGCCGACUGGCUGGAUCCCGCGAGGAUGGCAGGUGGGGGAUCAUCCAUCGAUGCCGCCGCGCUGCCCCCCUUCUUCGCGCCUCCGUCAUCGUCGCUGCCCCGCCCCAACACGAUGGUGCUUCAGAUGCUGGCUCCGAAAAUGACAGUGAUAUGGAGGUGGACAACGCUGAAAACAAGGAAGAGGCGGCCCCUGGCGGGCCCUGUUCCAGCUGUGGCUCCCCCAUGACCCAAGCGUACACGUCCAGCAAAGGGAGCCUGUGCGGCAGCUGCUACCAGCACUGGAAACGCUCGGGUGGCUGCAAGGGUGCCCUGGCCCCCGGCGGUCGCAAGCACCACGAACGACAGCCCCCGGCCCGUGGGGGCGGCAUGGCAGCCAACCGGAGGCGCCCGCCACGGGGCAUGUGCCUCCAGUACCAGGACCUGGUUACCAUGGCAACGGGACCUCAGGGACAGGGGGAUGCCAUCCUGCGAGCCAUGGAUUCCGAGUUGGUGGCCCUCAAGCGGCAGGUGCAGAACAACAAGCAGAUGGUCAGCCAGCUGCGCCACAAGACGGCCAUGGGCAUCGAGAACCUGCGGCCACCGGAGGGCAACACUCGAGUAAAUGCCCGGUGGACCAAUGACGAGCUGCUGAUUGCCGUUCAGGGCAUCCGCAAGUAUGGCCGUGACUUCAAGGCCAUCGCCGAGGUGAUUGGCAACAAGACGGAGGCGCACGUCCGCAGCUUCUUUGUCAACUACCGUCGCCGAUACAACCUGGACGCCGUGCUCCAGGAGUUUGAGGCCGAGCAUGGCAUCACUCCGGGAUCGGAUGACACCAAGCCGACAGGUGACACGGAUCCAGCUACACCUGCAAAGGAAGCCACCGCAGCUGGUGGGCCCAACAGUCCACCAGGCUCUCCGUGUGGUAUGAUAAACCCUGGUGGCGGAGUACUUGCCAAUGGGAGUGGAGGCCCGGUGGGGGCUGGCAACCCUCCUCCCCUUCUGAGACCACCACCCGGUUCCCCAUCGGCCCAGCCGCUGACAGCCGCCAAAGGACCCACCCCACUCACACAGGCCGCCCCCAGGUCUGGCAACUGGUCCAUUCUUCAGCAGCCGCCACCGCUGAUCCGACCAACAGCAGCCUCUGCAGCCACCGUCCACAGCAAGCCCUCACAGAUGCACAAUGCCCUCUGAAGCAGACGGCGGCCGUCUGCUGCAGCCUCGGGAGCACAACUGCUGCAGACCCUUCGAGAGUGUGAUGGCGGCGGGCAUCAUGUCAACUGGCUCAAAAGACGCUGACUCCUUGUGGCGGCAAGCCUGGUCGUGUUGUGCUCGAGUGGCAGUGCACUGUACAUUGCCUCUUCCCGCGCGUGUGUGUGUGUAGCUUGAACCUUGGUCAACGUGGACAAGUGGAACACUGCUGUGCAUCCCGCAUGCCCUCUCCUCGGAGGAGUGAUGCGGCGUGUGAGAUUGCACUCAAAAUGACUUGCAUGAUUUUCGUGACUCAGGUAACAGGAGUGUCGUGACAGCAGUGUUUUCUGAUGCAGUGUGCUUUGCCCUCUGCACAGCAGUCUGUGCCGGGUGCUGGCAAGUCUGCUAAAGCGAUGAAAGGUUGUUGGCCUGCCCUUGCACACAUUGUCAGGGCAUAAUCUGCAACUUGCAGGAACUUCAAGUGGCACAACAAGCCUUAGUGCCACGCUCGUUCACGUCCUGAAAGUCGCUCGCAUUUUGUCAACCUGACGCUUUCCUCGUCAAGCAUCGGCAUUGUCUCGAUCGGUUGUCACGCUUCUUUGGCGACUGCAGGAUAGUGUCACCCCCUGUUGACCAUUACAGUUUUCGUGAACGUAUUGAGAGUGACUCAAUUUGCAUGCGGUUUAGCUGGCUUCUGCUGCUAGUAUGUGACCGGUUACGGGCAGCAGUGGCUCGGCAAGCCACUGCAGUUUGGUUACCCAGAGCUGCAACAGCUUGAAUGGGGCUUUUGUCCAGAAUCCCUCGAAAUGGGUUCUGGCAUUGUAGUGGAUGCCUGGGACACGCUGUAUGGGUGUGGCUUUGCAUUGUGCCAGCAAUUGAUGCCUUGAUUAGGCCCCCUGGGAUUUAGCGGUGACUUAUUCGAGUGGAACACGAGUGGACGAGCUUGACUCAGCGGUCACUUUGAUAGCGAAUGAAGCAAGGCUGUGAGAAGUAACAAGCGCACCAUCCGUGCAUCAGUUGCUCACAAUGUGCAAAUGGUGCUGUACACAGUGCGUUCAUCAAUUGGCAAGCCACUGUUAUGAGCCUGCAAGCAUUGUACGUACAUGUGCUCGACUGGUUGGGCAUUGGCUGCUGACCACACAAGUCGCACUGGUCCAGUGUAGUUCUGACGACACUGCUAUCCUUUUUUGCCAUGCCUGGAACGUAUUGACUUUCUCUGUGCGUGUUGAAGGAUGCGUGAAACAUACCGCACAUCUCGCUAGCCUAAGACGAAUUGUAACACCAUUGUGCCAAGGCACGUGUGCUGGUCGAAGCUCGUGCUACAGGCUGGGAUUCUGCUCCUUCGGCGGACAUGUGCCGUGCAUCACAGCUUCCAUCAUUCUUUUCGGGCAAAAAAUGGAAGCCUGUUGUCAUUUCUCGCUCAAAUGGGCCAAUCAGUUGUAACAUAUGUACUUACCUUGCUGCUAUCUCACUGACUUGUAAUUCUGCAAAAAUUAAAGAGCUAGAAAUUUGCUUGAAUUUCCUAUAGCAGUACUUGAUUUUCCAUAGCAGUAUGCAAAUGCAACACUCAUUUGGGACACCAUGACAAUAGGUUGCUACGGAUAUGUGUGUUUCAUGGGGUCUCUCUUAUUCUUCACUUUCCCUAUUUAAUUGCUUAGCGAAUCCUCCAGAGGGCCUGGCCCAAAAGUGUCGUGGCCUCUCAGCUUGUUGAAAUAUCCAAAUGGCUCUUUCUUUGUUGCACUUUAAGUGUGGGGUUGAUUGACUGAGCUUUUGCAAACUAUGUUUCGUGAAAUGUUUGGUGUUGUGCACUCCUACUCGGAGCAGACAAGGGGCGCACCCUGUGGGCGAGGUCUUUCAGCAAAAUGUUUGCUGGUUGAAGAGCACUGACUUCUGGGCUAGCUGGUCCACUAUGCUUUAUGCACAAGCACGUCUCAUCGAAGAACGCAGUGCCAGUUACUGAACGAAGACACUUACACUCUGUCUUGCCAAUUCCACGCAGUAUAGCAAAGACUAGUACUCAUGUCGGCCAAUAAGCAAUGGGGUCUGGCUGUGUGUUCCACAGAAUGAAGUGGGGCUCACCCAUUGCGUGUCAUUGUUCCUUGUGCGAAGUAUCCAUUCAUUCAGUGUUGGGCCGAGAGCUAGUGGAGGCGGACAAUCGGGAAGGCCUUCGUCUGGUUCACUAUUCUGAUUGGCUGAAUAUGACCUGCACCUUUCCCUGUGCUGGGCAGAAUUGAUGAGAACCCAAAAUGCACAGGAAAGCCAGACGCACACACUGCCAACUUUGCUCCCCUGUCUGCAUCCAAUCACACAUCAUGAAUCAAGCCUAGCUUAUGGAAACUCUCUUGGUAACAGCUUCAGGGCACAAGGAAACAUACUCACAUGCAUGCACUUGCAGGCACAAACACCCAAGAAAAGGACUGCCCCGUUUCUCGCACAGGUGCCAUGUGAAAAAGGGCAUGGGGCAUGUGUGCAAACACCCUUUUGGUGUGUUUGUGCAGUGAACGUGUUUUCUUGCACACUGAAUCUGUUGCCAACAUGUAUUGCCAACUAACCCAUCUAUAAGUUCUUCUAAAGACUGUUUGGACAACACUCCUUGCGAGUCGCAGAGAUGAAAAGUUGCUUGCAUAAACAUGCACUCAACUCCCGCGCAUUUGAAUAGAUGCCAAGCGAGCAUGUUUAAGAAGCCAGGUGGUUGUAAAUGAGUCGAAAGGGGGCACUGCACACUUCAUGAGGCGUGAGGCACAUUUGUAAAUCGAGAGCUUGAGUUGUCAAGCUGUGGAGGGAAGGAAGAAAAACAAAAAUGCAAGCUUUGUGUCCUCCUUUGUUGACCAGGCCAGCUUACUGCUUUGAGCUCUUGGUGUUUCAUGAAACUGCACACAAGCGAUGGACAGUUGUGCAAGGGGCAGGCACUGCUGUCCCAGUCAAUGACCUCCCACGUGAGAAAAAUUGGAAGCUUUUGUUUUUCACUAUGACUAGGGCCUCUAUGAGUACUGUGUUGCGUUUUCUUUUCAUGUUGGUUUCUUUCCACACCUGCAACAGUCUGGUCUUUUUGAGUCGCUCGGCCACUGCCAUGUUUGCUCAGAGGCAGCUUUCAACUGGCAUGGUGCAUCCACCCACCUUUACGAUGCGAGUGCGAGUUUACUGAACCUGUUGUCCUCUUGCAAGUCUUUGCCGCCUGUUUUGCCAUGACCUCUUGUUUUGUCAUUUCCUGUUGCGAUAGAUGCAUGCCUUACGUGUUUCCUUUUCAGAUUUUUUUCCUCCACUCUACAAAACGAGAUAAUUAUUUUUGAGCUGAAUUUUGCUUAGCGGUUGUUUUCUUUCCACCUUCAGUGUGAUAACUGCAUCGUGGUUCUUUUCAUUGUUCCUUUAGUAGACUUGGCUGCUAAUGUUGGCAGUGUCUAGUGGACUGCUUUCGAAGGAGAUCAUGUGAUGCGCAUGCCUGCAGCUUAGGGGGUUCUGUUUGUGUGGCCUCUUGAAAUUUCAUCAUCAAAUUUGUUUUGAAUGAGCUGCAAGCCUCACAUGAGCUACAUUUCCUAGUUGGAAGAACUUGAACUACUGUUAACAAUGGUGUGGUUUGAAACCACUUUUCUCUGGAACUGGAUUCUCCUUUUGCAGCUGUUGUACACGACUCCGUAUAAAGUUUUCUUGCGGGAUGCUGCUGAUCACACUUUCGCAUAUUCUUUGACCCCCUGAUUAUGGAUUACAUCUUGGUUCUAGAAUUCACACCGACAUACGAGUCGCCGGCGCAUGACACUCGUGCCUUUAGUGGUUGCACUGUGUGGCAGUGUAGGCUCGGGAGCUUAAAGAUUCAACCAAGAGGCUAAAGCCUGUGUCACCGUUCUGGUGGAAUUGUGCAAAGAGAGGAAAGCCCGCGCUUACUCCCACCUGAAGCCCACCUCCGGUAAGAAAAGAAAAAAAAAUUCCUCGACACAGCCAUGUUGCACUCAGAUAUAGACAUUGAUCCUCGAGCGUGCAUGUCGCCGAGUGCACGCAAUACUCCUUAGCUUUCCCCACAGUACCUAUGUGCCAAAACUACGGCACAUUUAGUUCCUGAAAUUGUGUUUGCGUCUUUUGCUUUUUUGAAGGGCUGUGCCUGUUGGUCGUGCAUCCUGUCGACACGGCCUUCUUCUCGCUACGCUUGUUAUGCGACGGCCUUGACCCACGUGGCUAGGCUGGGCUUCCUUGGCCACUGUGGUACACAUGGCUAACAACAUUGUCACACAGGUGGCGCGCACUGCGCUCUCCACCUUUUUUUGACUUGUUUGGUGCAUCCAUUGGGUCGGGCGAGUGCGUGCAUUUGCAGAGUCUGUCUGGUGUGGUACAAGUCUUGGCAUGUUUGCGUCUGAGUGUGCAUAGUUAAGUGCAGUGCAUUCCUCUGGACGGAGUCUCGCGUCGCUUGCAACUCUUUCCUCAGGUCCUGCGGCGACCUUCUCUUCCCCUCUUCGUAAAUGCCGUCUCUGCAAUCUUUCCUAUAUACUAAGUGAACACAUUUGCUCAACACUUAUCAAGAGAUGUUCCUUGCUGCCUUGUGUGUAUGUAGCUGGUAACAAGUGCUGUCACAAACAAUUGAGGGUUACGUGUCUGUGUCAAGCAAAGAAUUUAGUCAGUAAUAAUUGAAUGUGAAGCCUGUGCAGUAUGUUGUAUGAAAGGUGUGCGAGUGUUGAAAUGUGUGCGGGACAUGUACAUGCGAGCUUGCUUUUUGCGCAAGCCAUCUGGAGCUUGGGAAGCCGGCUUCCCUGUUCGUGCACUUUUGUUGUGUUUUCGGUGCUUGAUUUCUUGUGGGGAUUCUCGCAUUUUAGCUACAUUCUUUGCGUUGGAAUGCAGCGUGCCACUUAACCACCGUAGUGCUACUGCCAUUGUUGUCCAUGUGAUAGUUCACGUUGGGUUCUCAUCGUGUGGCAGCUCCGGGGCUCAAGCCAAUGGUUCCUAAUGCUGUGUGAAUUCUAAUAGCUAGGGGCAUUGUGUUACUUGCGUAUUAUAGGUGUCACUUUGCUUCUCAGUGGAACCUCUAUUUCUAAAUUCUUCACUGCCAUUCAUUUUCAAAAGUAUACCUUUUCACUUCAGCAUGUGCAAGUGCACUUGAAACUGAGCAGCCAUUGCCAUGUGCACGAACAUGUGCACAUGGCAAUCAGGUGUAAUGUGUACAAACAUGUGCUGUUUACAUAAGUUGCUAUGUGAAUUCUGCUGUUUCAAAAUAUGGCCGACAUCCAUCAGAAAAUACAAAUCCGACAUUCCACAAAAGUCCUUGCCACUUUCGGGGAAAAUAGUGCAUUGUACAUUUGCCCAGAAUGCACAAAGUUCUUUUUUUCCCCAGUGCCAUGUAUUGCAAAAAAAAGAAAGCUUAUGUGCCGAAUAUUGAACACACUUUGCAUAGUUUAUGUUUAGGAAUUGUGAACACAUGAAAACAGCGGCAUAAUCAAAGUAGUUAAUCCUUUCUUGGCAAAGGUUGUGUGGUUUCCCCAUGUGGAAUGCCAACGAACCUGUUAAGCUGCAACUGCGUAAAACGUGGUUGUGACGUAUUUUCAAUAUGGUGUUGCCCAUUGUUGAUGCGCAUCUUUUGCAUUACGCGACAACCGCACAGUUAUCAUAAGCUGAAAUGAAGACUGAUAAGUGAACUGCCCCAGCAGAUUAAGGACAGGAAUAAAGCAGAAGAAACGGUCUGGUCAUUUCGCGUGCGACCUGACAUACAAGUAAUUGUUGCAUAUAACAUUUAUAGCAGCCACCUUUCUGACGCACUUCACGUCGUAUAGAACAUCGCAUUGUGGCAUGCGUCUAAGUUUAAGAGUGUUCAUUUGCGGUCCUGUGUUCUAUAGCCUAACAUCUGUUUUUCAUGCAUGACUUGAUGUCGUGCACGAAAGCUCCGUAUCGGGUAUCAAAAAACUUUCAAUGUAUUUUGAGCUGUAACUUCUGUGUGGAAACUGCGUGAUGCAAAAUUGGUGCAUGAGCAGCACCAUGAGCCAAAGAUAUGUCAUAGAAAUGCGUUGUUCCAUCUAGUUGAUGCUUUGAAGGCUGCGUCAAGGUCACCCAGAGGUUAUGCACUGUUUGAGCAUUGUGAUGUGUUGCGAAUUCUGUGCAUUUUGUUUAUUUUGUUUGUGCCUCGGUCAGAUGCAAGUGUCUCGUGGGAGUACGCAGAGGGCACCGUCAUUUCCCUAGCUUCUCUGGACAAGAGAGCAUGGGUUGGGUUCUGGAUGGCCAGCUGCAAAAGCAUGACUGUUUGUGCACAGCUUCUGUUCGUAGAGCAGCUUGCAGUUUGACAAGAGCAGCAGCACUUGCGAGUGAUUGGGACAUACUGGAUUAAUUUAUGUUGUGUGUGUGUGUGCCAGUUGUUUGAAAGGAGUGAAUGUAGAGGUGAUGUGCACAGAAAAAUAAAUAAAAAACAACAAGCUUAUACUUUCA